UUCUAGGUUAAAAGUCCUGCUCGUAUUCGCAGCAGCGGCAGAAAGUUGACGGAGUGUUGAGGCAGUAAGUUUGGUGUUUGGCUGCGUGCGCGGUUGUGUUUAGAUGUGGGUGUGAAUAAACCGCGCGGUGAGGGCUAGGAGUUCAGGCUCCGGGGGAACGACGUGGUUCUGUGGAGCUUUAUUCACCCGAAAUGACAUGUAACCGUGUAGCUUAGUUUAGCUAGGUUAGCUAACCGGCUAACUAGCUUUAGCUGACAGUUAGCCCAUAGCUUAGCUUAGCUUCGCUUGUGUCAACACUGUCACAGUGCAGCAGCAGCAGCUCUCUCUCUGAUAUGAAAUUUAUUUAUUACGUUAAUUUCGCUACUUAACAGCUAGUUUUUUUACCUCAGGAUUGUAAGUUACUAAAUGCGAGUUACAGAACUGUAGCAGUAUAGCUGCUGAAUUGACAUGUUAGUAGUGGGGUUGUAGUUAACCUAAGGUUAACUGCCUUUAACCAGAGUUAAACCAGAUUAAUGACAGUUAUUUGUAGUUUUACUUAACGUACUUUACAAUAAGAAAACAGGCUGCUGAAUGAUUUAUCUGGCCUUAAAAGGAUUGUCAGUUUUGAAGACUAUGUCUGGAGUGAAACAACGUAGUACAUACAAUUUAAACACAAUUAAAACGGAUUAUUCCUAGAUAUUGGAGGUAUUUUUAACUCCAGAUAAAAAAAAAAAGAGUCUACAUAUUGAUUUAGUUAGUUUUUAUUGUGAUAUUUACUUAUUGGACAAUGAGUAAAGUGAUAAUGAGAACUAUAAAACAAUUAUUGCAGGUAUAAUUUGCGAAGGAUUCUAGGUUUACUUGUCGAGACAUAAAAAAACGUUAGAUCAUGUUUGGAAUGAGAAAAAACAAUGAGAAAAGUAAAAAUAAAAACUCAUAAAAUAAGUAUUAAAACAUAGAUUUUGGAUAUGUUAUUACUUUAGAGAAAAAAAGAAAAACAACAGCCUUAAAAUUGAUUUUGGAUUUCUGGACUAAAAAGUGUUUUUAUAACUUUUUAGACUAUAUCUGGACUAAAGUAGUGAGUCGUGCAGAAGAAUGCUUAGCUAUUGUCAAUUGAAAGUCACAUACAUUUGUAGUGAAUAGUUGUAGUUAGUUGUAGAGGUGGGCGAUAUGGUAAAAAUGAUAUAUUGCCCGAUUUAAAAGCAAUUUAAUGAUACGUGAUGUAUCACCAAUUUUUUUUUCAAUUCUGCGUACAGUGAUUUUUAUUUAUUCUCUAUUUCCUGCACUAACUUUUGUAAUGAAAUGUUCAGCAGGACAAUAUUUAUGAAGCACUGACCGUGUUCAAGAUAAAGUCAGUUACUAUAAAGCAUUGUCAUAUUGCCCGCAACUAGUUGUUGUAAUGAUGAGCGGUUCCAAGCCAGAUAUCCUGUGGUCUCCACAUCACGCGGACCGCUAUGUGAUCUGCGAUUCCGAGCUCAGUCUCUACAGAAUUGGUGCUGUUGGGACUUCAGAGGCCAAAGCUGGAGCGCUGCCGCUGUCUCAGGAGACGGCAGCCACUUUGCUGGCCAUCAACUCCGACACCCCGUACAUGAAAUGCGUGGCCUGGUACCCGAAGCACGAGCCCGAGUGUCUGCUGGCUGUCGGUCAGGCCAACGGCAGAGUGGUGCUCACCAGCCUUGGCCAGAGCCACAACUCCAAAUGCAAGGAGCUGGUGGGGAAGGAGUUUGUGCCCAAACAUGCCAGACAGUGCAACACCCUGGCCUGGAACCCUGUGGACAGCAACUGGCUGGCAGCUGGUCUGGAUAAGCACCGGGCCGACUUCUCUGUCCUGAUCUGGGACAUCAGCAGUAAGUAUUCUCCAGAGGCCGUGCCGGCCGAGAAGCUCCGUCUGUCGGGGGAUGCCGAUUCCGGGAUGGUGGUAACGAAGCCUCUGUAUGAGCUGGGGCAGAACGACGCGUGCCUGUCCCUUUGCUGGCUGCCUCGAGACCAUCAGAAGCUGCUACUGGCUGGUAUGCACCGCAACCUGGCCAUCUUCGACCUGCGCAACACCAGCCAGAAGACCUUCGUCAACACCAAGGCUAUCCAGGGAGUGACUGUGGACCCGUACUUCCCAGACCGGGUGGCGUCCUUCUUCGAAGGCCAGGUGGCAAUCUGGGACCUGCGCAGGUUUGAGAAGCCCGUCUUUACAUUGACCGAACAGCCCAAGCCUCUGACCAAAGUGGCCUGGUGCCCCACGAGGAUGGGGCUUCUGGCUACUCUGACGCGCGACUCCAACGUCAUCCGCUUAUAUGACAUGCAGCACGCCCCCACGCCCAUCGGCGAUGAGACCGAGCCCACCAUCAUCGAGCGUGGGGUGCAGCCGUGCAGCGAGAGCGUCAUCAGCAGCUUCGCGUGGCAUCCGUCCACCCAGAACCGCAUGGUGGUGGUGUCCCCCAACAGGGCCAUGUGUGACUUCACAGUGUUCGAGCGCAUCUCUCUGGCCUGGAGCUCCACCACCUCUCUAAUGUGGGCGUGCGGGCGACACCUGUACGAGUGCACUGAGGAGAGCGGGGAAGGCGGAGCUGCUGAAAAGGACAUUGCCACUAAGAUGAGGGAGCGCGCUCAGUCGAGAUACGGCCACGACACCGUCCAGCUGUGGAGGAACCACCUGCUGGCUGGAGGGAAUGACCCUCACCUGAGGUCCCUCUGGUACACUUUGCACUUCAUGCAGCAGUACACUGAAGAUCUGGAACAGAGGCAACAGGGAAACAAGCAGUCUCUGAUCUAUGCAGGCAUCAAGAACAUUGUCAAAUCCAGCUCUGGCACUACAGAGACUCGGCGCUGCUGGAAGGGUUCAGACAGGCCUACAGAUGUUGCUCAGUAUCACAGUGAGGAGCGCAGUCUGGCCCUGCAGCUGUGCGGCUGGAUCAGCCGUGGGCCAGAAAUCGAUGUGGAGCCUUUCCUGAGGUCCUUGGAGCAGGAGGGCGAGUGGGAGAGAGCUGCCUCUGUUGCCCUAUUUAACCUCGACAUCCGUCGUGCCAUUCAGAUCCUCAACAAAGGAGCAUCAGCGGAAAAAGGUGACCUGAACCUGAACGUGGUGGCCAUGGCUCUGUCAGGCUACACGGACGAGAAGUCGUCUCUGUGGAGGGAGAUGUGCAGCUCUCUCAGGCUGCAGCUGAAGAAGCCCUACCUGUGUGUGAUGUUUGCUUUCCUCACCAGUGAACCGGGGUCCUACGACGCAGUGCUGUACGAGAGUCGUGUGGCUGUCCGAGACAGAGUGGCCUUCGCCUGCAUGUUCCUUAAUGACAAUCAGCUGCCUCGUUACAUAGACAAGUUGACAAACGACAUGAAGGAGGCAGGAAAUCUGGAGGGUGUUCUGCUGACAGGACUGACGAAAGACGGUGUGGAUCUGAUGGAGAGCUAUGUAGAUCGAACAGGAGACGUGCAGACGGCCAGUUUCUGCAUGCUUAGGGGCUCCACAGCUGAGGUGGUGAAGGAUCCGCGAGUGCAGUGCUGGAUUGAGAACUAUCGCAACCUCCUGGAUGCCUGGAGGUUCUGGCACAAACGAGCUGAGUUUGACAUCCACAGGAGCAAACUGGACCCCAGCUCCAAGCCUCUGGCUCAGGUGUUUGUGAGCUGUAACUUCUGUGGAAAGUCCAUUUCCUUCAGCUGCUCUGCAAUGCCCCACCAGGGUCGUGGCUUCAGCCAGUAUGGGGUCAGUGGCUCCCCCACCAAGUCCAAAGUCACCAGCUGCCCGGGCUGCAGGAAGCCACUGCCGCGCUGUGCUCUCUGCCUGAUGAACAUGGGGACGCCAGUGUCCUCCUGCACAGCAGGUCCAGGGAAGUCUGAUGAGAAAGUUGAUCUGCCAAGAGAUAAGAAACUCGCCCAGUUUAAUAACUGGUUCACCUGGUGCCACAACUGCCGCCACGGAGGCCAUGCUGGCCACAUGCUAAGCUGGUUCAGGGACCACAGUGAGUGUCCGGUGUCGGCCUGCACCUGCAAAUGCAUGCAGCUGGACACCACAGGCAAACUACAACCAUCAGACUAUGUAUAGCGAUAAAGCUGCUCAAACUCCACCUCCAUUCUCCUGAGGAAGCGCACUCGUGGCAGCGGUAAGCCUAUGGCAGGUUCAGGGGUACCUGCCUACCCGCCGCCUGCCAGUCUGCCAGUCUGCUGCUCCUGGCCAGCAGAGAGCUGUACGUAUCUACCUCCUCAGGUUCUCCGAGACGAUGCCAUGGAUGAGAGAUGAACCAUGUGGAGAGCUGGAAUGAGACUGUACCAACAAAUCAGAUACAGAGAGGAAGAAAAAUCAGCAAUAUGGGUUUUUUUUUUAAUGGAACAACUUUAUUACCUCAAUAUUACUGACGAACACAAGCUGAAUGUUAAUGUUACCCACAGUACUAAUCCUGUUCUUCUUCUUCUUAUUAUUAUGAGGGUUUUCUUGAAUGUUUUAAGUGUUUUCUUAGAACACAGUUUGUGAGUGUGUUUAUUUUGAGCUUGUGGUAAUGUUUAGAAGGGUUCUGAAUCACUGAAUUCCCAGGGAAUUUUAUUGUAUACAGCUGUUUGUGACAAUUAUAACAACUCCACAAAUGUUUUGAAGUGCCAUUUUAUUAACAUAUGCAAAAACCUGUACCCCACCAAUCCGUGAAAUGACAGCAAAUGUUAAACAGGUGCCGGUGUACAGGAUCUUUUAGUUGUGGAGAACGUUUAAUACACCAACCUUACCACACACCA